GACGGGAGGAGAAGCUAUUUGAAGAGACAAAGUGGAGACGUUGGAUAGCUCAACAGUUGAGUAUGGGCAGCCAGAGCGGUAAACAUGCAUCACAUCUUGAUGCUGCUGAACAGUCAGCUAAGUCACCCAACAACAGGAACGAAGACAAGUCACCACUGAACCUGACCAUGGAUCCACCAGAGGAGAAUGAGGUUUUUGCAGAGGCAGAUGUUAAUCAGAACAAUGGAUCUCCCUCAAAGGAGAAGAAGGUGGUGGUGACAGACUCCAAGGAUGAUGGGGAACCAAAGAAUGCCUGGAAGUCACCCAACACAGCUGAGGCAGCUGCUCGCCCACACUUGGUCCGCCUCUUUUCCCGAGACGCACCAGGACGCGAGGACAACACCUUCAAAGACCGCCCAUCGGAAUCAGAAGAACUUCAGACCAUCGAGGAAGAUAGCUCAGUAUCCUUGGUCAGCCCGGACUUGAUGGAAGCGCAGAAACUGGCCUCACAAACAUCAACUAGUUCAGAGAAGAAAGGAUCAGUAACAAAACAAAUGGCAUCUGCAAGCACCUCAGACCACGCUAAACAAGCUGGAGGAUCCCACUCAAGGCAAAGAGACUCAGGUCUACUUGACCAGCUGGGAAAACUGUUUGGACAAGAAGGAUCCAAGAGAGUACCUGAGAAGGGCAAGGAUUCUUUGACCAAGACUGUCCAAGCUGCUCUUACCAUACACAAGCCUCAACCAGCACCUAAACCUGAUGAUAAUGCUGUUGUCCACUUCUUUAAGAAUGUGAUGUCACCGAAGAGAGCCCCACCAAAGGCUAAGUCCGGAGCAGGUACAGCUAUCACUAAACUUAUUUGGGGUGCUGAUGGACAAAGACCCGCAGGACAUGGGGCAAGUGGCAAAAUGUUGGAUGCUUCGAAGUCAAAGGAGUCUUUCAGAGGACAUAAGGAUGGAUCAGGCACCCUUUCCAAAAUCUUCAAACUGGGGAAGAAAGAAGGUGAAGGCUCACACGCCAGACGUUAAUUCUGCAUCAACAAAUUCAACGGAAGGAGUGCUUCAUAAAGACAAAAUCCUCGCUCAGUGUCCUAUUUUAACAUCCUUUCCAUUUCAAGCAUUAACUAGCACUUCUCCAAAACAAGACCUGCCAUACCAAUACAAUCCAUACUUACUGGUUGUAUUGAGUUGUAUAUGCAGUAGUAUAUUGAAUGGAAUGUUAUUACUUACACUUGCUACACCUUACCAAUAGUUAAGUUAUUGCAACAGUCUUAAAAAGAACACUUGAGAUGUGAAGGUGCUGAUAUUUAAAUGCAUUUUGCCAAUGAUAAUUUCCAUGGUAAUGGAAAUAAAAAUAAGGAACUUAAACGUUUUACAAUGAAGUUGAUCACUUCAUAACACAGGCAUGGUUAUUUUCCACUGCAUCUAUUAGCAGACUUUACUGUAAAGAGUAUUAAGAUGUUUGUUAAUAUUUUACUAAACAGGUUAGCCCUACCAAAAACAAAAUGUUCUCUCCCUGUUGCUGUGCAGAUCAAUAAGCUCUAUUUUGAACAUAAAUGCCAAUGGUUGCUUCUGUCAUAAGAACUGUUCACUGGGGCUUUACAUGAGCAAAGCUGCAGAAACAUUGCAAUCAAUGUAAAUCCAAGGGGGGAUAUUAAAUGGGGUGACUGCCCUGCUCGUGUAAUGGAGAUAAAGCAGCAUUAUAUGUCAUAAACCUAUGAACACUAAAUAAGAGUACUAUAUUAACUUUAAUUUAAUGAAAAAGCAGCCUGUAAAAGCAAUAACCUGAAACUAAUCCUAAUCCUUAGCACUGAGAAAGAUUGUUUGACAAACUAAUUUCCAUAGGUACGGGUUUAGACUUUCUGAAAUUACCAUUCCUAUGUGAGUGCUCUUUUGAAUUGCACUGUUUUGUAACUAAAAUAAUAUUUUACUAUGUUUAUAGAAACUACAUGUGGAUACUUAUUGCAAUUUAUCAAAUACGUCCCUGCCAUUUUCUUUCAGUAAUGCUAUUAUGCUGUUUCCGUUUCCCUCUCCCUCACCUCCCUCACUAACAGCGGUCACUAUUGCAUAAAAUAGUCACUUUGGAGUCAAUAUCCUCAGACAUUGGAAGCUCAAGGGAUCAUUUCCUCAUCUCAUGUAUGAAAUAACUUGUGCCCAGUCCAAACCUCAGUCACAAGAUUAACAUCUCUACACUUCUAAAUCAUACUAAUGCGUCAAGUACAUUCCAAGAAUACAACACAAUAAGCCAAAUAGUUUCACAGUGUCUGAGUGUGGUUAGCAUUCUAUUGGACCCUGAUAGAAUGAAUUUAGUGCCAGGCAUGUUCAACUGAUGUAGAACAAGUGCAGCCCCUCAGUACUGAAUCCUGCUGCUGCUUUUCUAUUAGACAUGUUUAUUCCCUCAGUUGUAAUCUGUUGUUGUGUGGAUGAGAUGAAAUGCAUUCCAUCCACCCUCCUGCCUUCUCACGUGAUGUGUUCUCUAAUUGGUUACACUGAAAGUUCACCUGCAUGGGGUAUGUGGAGAGCAAUAUUAACUUUCCUUUUACACUUUAUUGCCAGUUUGAGAGUGGUAACAUGCUUUUAGAGUAUACAUACUAGAAAACAAAGCUGAAUGGACAUAUGUGACAAAAUGUUGUUCUGAAUGUAUGUAAAAAUAAUGCACUUAAACAUUCUGUGUUUGUCUAUGGCAAAAUAAAAUGACUAUUGUAAUUCA